CGCAAUAAAAUUUACGGAAAAGUUAAUCCAUUUAAAAAGCGUUAUAAUUUUUUUCGAAACGGUUUUGUUCGCGGUAUUUUUUGCUUUAAACGCUUUUUUAUACUUGGCUUUAAAAUUACUUUCGGUAAAAACGGAAAGGGCUUAAAAAAGCACGGAAUUAAAUUUUUGCCCAAACGUUUAAAUUUAUGGUUUUUAACGUGCUUGGCCCGGGUUUUUGCUGCAAAAACGUUAAAAUUUAAAGUUUCGUUGGCUUGCACGUUGUUCGGGAACUUUAAAUUAAAAUUAAUUUAA